AUGAAUAAUGUCUGUGAAUAAUAAAAUUUACUUGAAAACAUCCAAGAUCUAAUGUUGAAAAGAAAUGCUAUAUUUAUUUAUAAUAAUGUAACUUUUGAAGCCUUUAUAUAGAAUGGUAAAUAGAACAGAAGAGAUCAUUUUAUGAGGCGCCUAAUUGUGGUUCACCUAUCUUUUUCAAUGAUUGUCAAAGUGAUGAUAGGUUUGAUCAUGAUCAGAAUUACAAUGAAUUUCAAAAGGACGUACCUAAGAGAAUGGGAGAAUGGGAUAAAGUAUAACAAAUGUAUGAGUAUAAUUAAUAAAAUUUCUAGAUUAUAGUUUUAGUUUGUUUGCUCUUAAUUCUUGA